GAAAGUUCCGGAUCAAGCAAAGGUCGACAGAAAACGACGCACUGCCAAGACGCACAGCAGUCUGUUAUACUGCGAGAAAACCUCUGAUAAAUAUUAACAAUGCCAAGGGGAAGCAGAAGCCGCACAUCACGGAUGGCUCCACCGGCCAGCCGAGCGCCACCUCCUCCUCCGAUGGCCAGGGCUGCGCCGCCUCCAUCACAUGCUCCAGUUCCAAUGCAGGCGCCACCGUCUGCUGUCGGGGCUCCUGCUGCUGCGCCCAGGCAGCCAGGGAUGUUUGCUCAAAUGGCAUCCACUGCUGCUGGAGUGGCUGUGGGAUCUGCGGUGGGCCACACCAUUGGCCACGCAAUGACAGGAGGCUUCAGUGGAGGACACUCGGAGCCUGCCAGACCCGAUGUUACCUACCAGGAGCCAUAUCAGCCACAGACCAUGUACCAGCAGCCCCCUCAGCAGCAGCAGCAGCAGGCGUGCUCUUACGAGCUCAGGCAGUUCAUUGAAUGUGCCCAGAACCAGAGCGACCUGAAACUCUGCGAGGGCUUCAGUGAAGUGCUGAAGCAGUGCAAGUUUGCAAAUGGUUUAUCUUGAGAUGAGCGGAACAUGCGAUAGAAGGUGUCCAAACAGCUGCUCCUCAGAAAUAGAAUGAAUCAUUUUGAUCCAGUUUCAAUCACACCAGGCUGCGGAAUCAAGUCUUAUAAAUAUUGUGUAUAAUAAAUUUUCCGUGUGGGUUUCAGUUUUAAAUGCAUCAGCGUGUACUUUUAGUUGAAAACUCCAAUAAAGUAUAGGAACUCUAUGCAUAGUUGAGUUUCCACUGUUCGUGUCAAUAAAUAAUAAAGCACUUGUGUC